AUGAAUUUCCAAAUGCUCGGAUGCUCCAUUCCCAAUUCGAUUAUUCCAUGUAUGUGGUCCGAAGAGUGCUGGACGCCUGUCAAGACCUCUACGAUUUCUGCGACCGAUAUGGGGUCGCCACGUAAUGUGAACGAACCAUCGCCUGUUGAAAACAUUUUGCAGGAAUGGAAUUUAGCCGAGUUAAUCCCUGUUUUUAAUGAAAAUUUUGUGGACUAUGACGUGUUCUCCAAAUUGAGCGAAGACCAUAUUAAGGAACUUGUGCCGAAAAUUGGUCCCAGAAUUCGCUUUUUGGCAAAGUAUAAACAUUGGUUUGACAACAAAUCACAGCCCAUUUUAAUUGAUGAAGAUACGCCAUGGACACUACACGAUACAUCACAUACCCAAGUUCCGGUUAUUGAAAGUCCGACAACUUCUGAACCAUCAUCUAUUGCCGAUUGUCAAACAAUUGCAGGUAACUGGUCUGACGCAAUUGUGGGACUUAAUGAUGUUGAAAUUGUUAACACCCCGACUUACCAAUAUAAGGUUACAUGUGCAAAAAACACGGGAUUAGAAGAUUUAUUAAAUUCAAGCACAAAAGGCCGGUUAAUUCUUUAUUCGUAUAAUAAAAAUGGUAAAUUGACGUCAGAUGACAGAAAUAAAUUAGUAGAAUUUAUAAUCGAAUCGGAACUUGAGAAUGAUUUGAAUAGAUCAAUAAGCUGUGUCAGGUUUGAAGAACUAGCGCAUGCUAUCGUUGGAAUUUUCACAAAGGAGUGUAAAGAAGUUUAUUUUAUGAAAACAACUCACUUCAAAAACGGGAAAACUACUCAAUCAGGAAGAGGAAAAUUAUUUUUCAAAUACUAUAACUUUAGAAAGCAGUUGAAAUCAGCAGGUCUUAUAAAGACAAACAAUGCUACUAUAUUACAAAGUUCAGAUGAAGAAGGCACAGAAAAUGACGAAGAAAAAUUGAACCAACUUGAGUGGUUAAAGCAGUAUAAGGAACCAUUCCAUAAGGUGCAAGAUUACUGGGGUAAUACCUUUAAAGCUCGACAGGCUUUACUUAAGGAAAAAAACAUCUAUGAGUAUUGCAACACUUUCCCUAUUUUACGGUCAAGUUGCGGAUACAUUUUGUUAAAUAACGAUUUUAAUCUGUUGUACCCCAAAGUAGAUGACUUGUUUUAUGUAAAUUUUGCAAAGUUUUCUGAAAAAAUAUUAUUAUAUACCGAAGGACAGAAGGACAAGAUCCUUAGAAGAAAAUUAAAGGAAAUUGAAGAUUGCAACACUGAGGGUAAUCUAACAUGUUAUUAUUUCCUUUGUGUUACCUUGUACCAUUAUUGUUGUAGAUGGUAAAAUUAUAAGGAUAUUAAAACUACUGCCAUAUCUAGU